AUGGACAGAAUCCCCUUGGAGAUUCUACAUCUCGUCUGCUCGAAGCUCGACCUAGAAGAUGUCUACCCGUUUCGCCUCAUAAACAGACGGUGUGCAGAGGUAGGCGCGAGCCGGACGUUUGAGGAGGUCGUCUUCUACCUACACCCAGACGACUUUCAGCAGCUUCGAAACAUUGCGCAGAACUAUCCUCAUUAUGUGAAGUCCCUCAUCUGCAAGAACACGAUUCUGAAAGAUGGGGUGACUUUCCAGGAAUUUGAGCGGAGCUUCAAUGUUGACUCUGGAGGCCGUAAAAGGCGUGUCGCCCCGUCCAUGAGCCAGGAGCGGCUUCGUGAAGAGUACGCAAAGUACAUUUCGAGCUGGAAAGACCAGGACGGCUGGCUGAAGGAUGGCGACGACAUUGGGUAUUUGGCAGAGGUCAUAUCGAACUUUACCCAGCUCAAGUCUAUCUAUCCAAUAGCGAGCGGCCGCUUUGCGGUGCUUCCCGGGAAGAGCCCCUUUGACCAGAUCUUGUCAAUAUUUCAUACCGAGGCACAGCCCAUCGGCUGCCGGCCUAUGGCUUUGCUCUUGUCAGGUCUCCGGAACUCGGAGGCCCGAUUGGAAACCAUCCAUGCGAGAAAUACGAACCCUUUAUUCUUCGACAUGUACUCUGAGCUCCUGCAGCAACCCAUAGCGGCCCUCUGCUGUCUGAAAUGCCUCGAACUCUUUCUAUCCGAGAAAACCACACCUAUGGAGCUACGCCCCUUUAAACUUUUCCUCACAGGCCUUCCACUCCUCGAGGUAUUGAGUGUCGAGUUUUACUCGCCAGUAAACUUGGCGGACGCCAUCCCUCUGGGCUACACGUGGAAACACCUGCGCAGCCUAGCACUGAGAGGCUUUUUGGGCGAACAGGAGGAGUUUGUGGAAAUCACAGACCGCCACAGGAGCACUUUGAAAGAACUCUGUCUGGGCCAUUUCGUGCUCAAGUUUACGUCAUUUCGGGGCCUAUUACUCCAUAUCCGGGAGAAUUUGCAACUGGAUUACGCAUGCAUAUGUGGCAUCAUCUGUGGCACCCAAAAGAAUGGCGAAUCUGAAGGCUGGCUUAUCGGCCAUCCAUACGACCGAGCUGGCCCUGAGAACAGAUGGGUUUCCAUCAGUGCCUACUGUUGUAACAAGGGCUCGCCAGGGGGAGAACCGUGCCCAGAUCGACCCAGCUUGAAGUGGUUCGAUGAGUACGAUGACUAUGAUGCCGAGGCAAUACUGCACUAUAACCCAGAAUUCACCGCGUGGGCACUGGCCUGA